AUGAUUGGUGGUUGGAUAAUUGAUCCAACCACCUAUACAGGAUGGAUUUGCAAACUUCGUGCUUUUCUUGUGUUCAUAACAAGAACAAUAGCACCGUGGUUAAUCGUUUUAGCCACUAUCGAUCGAUGGCUUUUAUCGAGUGUUGAUGCUCAUCGUCGACAAAAAAGCACAUUAAAGAAUGCUCAACGAUGGACAAUAAUAAUAAUUAUUUUUUCAAUCCUACUCUAUGCUCAACUGUUCUAUUGUUAUGAAGCAAAUCUUAUUGAUACUCCUCUGGAAUGUUAUGGUAAAACAGUUGCAUGUCGUUAUAUCACUGAUUUCUCAUUUUCUGUGAUUACAAUUUUAUGUCCUUUAUUUUUCAUGAUUUUAUUUGGCUUGUUAACUAUUUCAAAUGUACAACAAUCUCAACGUCGUGUUCAAAUAUUACAAUUACAAAAUAAGAAGCCUACAAAGAAUAAGUCAUCAGGAUCAAUUGGUGGGAAUACAGAACAUAAAUCAAAACAAAGAACUGAGCGUAGUCUUCUUCGAAUGCUUCUAGUUCAGGUUUUGCUUCUCACUAUCUUUACUUUUCCAUUGUUUCUUCAAAAAUUUUAUUCAACAUUCUCUGGAGAGAAAAAAUCUCCAAUAGAGAUGGCCAUUAAUAUGUUUCUAUAUAAUUUAGCCGUUUUAAUAUAUUUUGUAUCGAAUGGUAUGCCUUUCUACAUUUAUACAUUAUGUGGUGGAACCGUGUUUCGAAAGGCAUUAUCUGAGUUUGUUUUGAUGAUGAAACGAAAAAUGAUGUGUCAAUAG